AUGAAUGUGUCCAUUGUUAAUACAUAUUAUAUGGCUAAAAUAAUGAACAAUUAUUUUCUAUAUUUUUCGCUUUGUCUACACUUUUCUAGCCAGUGCAAUGCAAGAAGUUACCAAAGAUUUGCGAAUGGGGUUUGGGUCGUUUGUUGACAAGACAACCAGCCCAUUCUACUCAGCGUAUAUUUUAAACAUGUGUAGGUCUAGUGGGUGCACAGACCCUUAUGGAUAUAAACAUUCAAUUAGUCUCAUCGAUAAUAUCACGCAAUUUGAUGCUUUGUUGCGACAAGAGACAAUAUCAACAAGUGUGGAUGCCCCUGAAGGAGGAGGAGAUGCUCUAAUGCAGGCCAUUGCUUGUUCGGAACAAAUCGGAUGGCGUCCUAAAUCACGACAUUUUAUCAUUUAUAUGUCAGAUGCAGGUUUCCAUUACGCCCUUGAUGGAAAGCUUGGUGGAAUUACAAAACCAAAUGACGGUAUGUGUCACGUGAACAAAGAAGGUUUCUACGAAUCGUCUUUAGACUUCGAUUUCCCAUCUUUUGGUCAACUACAUGAAAUGAUGUUGGAAAGAAAUAUAAUUCCUGUGUUUGCUAUUGCAAAGAGAAAGCCGGACAAGUUAAAAAACUACCAGGAUCUUGUAAAAGAUUUCUUUCAAGGCGCAAAGGUUGCUCGUUUGGUCGACAAGUCGGAAGAACUUAUUAGACUAGUUAUCGGAAGCUAUAUGGAAAUAACAUCUGAGAUCCAGCUUAUUAUUGAUAAGACAGAAGACCCAAUUCAAGUAAAGAUCACUUCAAUGUGUGGCUCACCGAAGGACAGCACGUGCUUAAACGUUGGUCUUGGAGACACUGUUAGCUUUCAAGUAGAGGUGUCAUUAACAGAAUGUUUCAAUGGUACUAAAGAAUUGGUUAUACGACCAGUAGGAUUUGAAGAAAAUGUUUUGAUCAAUAUUCAAAGUAGCUGUGACUGUGAAUGUUCAGAUAUGAGUAUUCCAAAUAGUCCGUAUUGUACUGACGGCAACGGUUCGUUAUCCUGUGGAUUGUGUGAAUGUAAUACUGAAAGAUUCGGAGAGUUUUGUCAGUGUAGCGCCACCAGCGAUGUUACUUCGGAAAACAUUGAGUUGUGCCGAGGUAGAUGCACUUGCGGCGAAUGUCACUGUGCUGACGGGUUUACCGGCAUCGACUGUGAAUGUCCAACAAGUAACUCUCAUUGUAUUGCGUCAACGGGUGAGAUAUGUAAUGGUGUAGGGACGUGCGAGUGUGGCACAUGUACAUGUGAUGUGGAUUCAAUAUACCACGGUCACACGUGUGAAGAUUGUGAUGCUUGCCCAAGCGAGUGUGACCGGAACAGUGAUUGUGUACAAUGUAAGGUUUUUGGCAUAGGACCACAGUCACCCACAAACUGUUCAAAUUGCCCACAAUUCAUCAUACCAGUUUCUGAAGGUUUUACCGGUAAGCUAGCUUAG